AUGUCAAAUAAUGAUAAUCAAAUCAUGACGCUACAAUGUAUGAUUUGUUCGAAAAUACCCACCAAUCAUAAUGAAAAGAUGUAUUGUUCUCAUUGUAUAAAGACAAGUCCUGAUUUAUUAUUAAAAUUGAAAUUGGAUUUGAUUAUUCUCAACAGACAAACUAUGCAAUAUAAAUUAAAAGUAGAAAAUAUUUUACAAGAAUCUAUCAAGGAAGCUAAUACGGUCGGACUCGAAUCUAAUGUAAAAGAUAAUCACAAUAAUAACACUCAAAAUAAUUUUCAGCUUAAAAAUGAAGAUAAUGAUAGUGUUUUAUUAUUAUCAGAAAAAUUAAAAACAUUAACUCUUUUAAAAUCAAAGAAAAGAUUGAAUAAAAUUAAUCAUAGGAUCCAAGAAUUAAAAAGAAUUAUUAUUCAUAAACGUUAUAUCAUUCAUGAAUUAUUAAAGCAAAUUAAAUCAAAACCAGAUAUACCAAAAUAUCAUCAUAAAAAAAACGCAAUUAUUAAUCAACAGAAAACUAAAUUAGAAUUAAUUGAAAAGAUUAAUCUAAUUGAAAAAAAAAUAUUAAUUAAGCAGCAACUUGAAAAAUUAAUGGAAUUAAACAAUUGGUUUUCAAUUAAAAAAACAGAUGCAGUUGACAUAUCUUAUAUGAUUCAAUUUAAAAAAAUCAUAUCCUUAAGAAAAUUUGAUAAAUUUAAGAAUUCGGAAAUAUUAAAUUCAAUUAUUUCUAUAUCAAAUUAUUUAAAUUUAUAUUCCAAAAUAAUUAAUUUUAAUUUACCAUUUCCUAAUGAUAAUGAUUUUAAAUUAUUAAAACAAUCAAAUAUGACUCAAAUUACAAGCGAUCAUCUGAUAGGGUGGCUUGGGUGGCUAAUUAUGAAUGUUAUUUCAAUUGCUAUGAAAAGAAAGUUAUUCAAAGUUAAUUCAUUAUCCUCAAUUGAUUUAUCUUGGCUAUUGGAUCAUUAUGAUAUUGACGGAUUAUUUUAUUAUUUAUCGCAAAACAAAAAUAUUGAAUCAACAAAAAACAAUACUCCAAGGUACAAUUUAGAUUGUAGUUAUUCGAUGGUAAUAGCUAUUAUUUCUGAAGCACUUCAGAUACCUGUUUCAUCAAGAAAUGAUAAUAAUAUUAUUAAGGGAAAAAUAAAGAUUAAAGCAAAAAAGAAGGAUAGGGCAGCAUCAAAGAUAAAAUCAAAAACCAAAUGUAGUGCAAAUACAAAAGACAAGAUAAAAGAUAAACUGGGAUCCAAACGAGAAUUAAGAUUCAAAGAAAAUUCAACAUUUAAUUCAAGACUACAAGAAGAACAAGACCAUUCACCUUUAUCCUUUGCAUCCACAGAAUCCAGCACUACCAACAUGAAUGCCAAUAGCAUCACAUUAGCCACUACUUCAAAUAAUAUGGCAAAAUAUUAUAAAAAUAAUGGUUCCAUCAACUCAGAUCCUGAUCGAUGGUUUGUAGUAGGCUAG